AUGGAUUUGCCGAAAGGUAUCGUCGAGGACGACAAGCGCAUCUAUCGCCAGGUGGCCAACCUCUCUCAGCUCCCCCCCGAAGUCAUCAAGACUUUUUGGCGAGUAUAUACAAUAACGAACAGGCAACUGUACGAUCCGACCGCCCGGCGGUUGGAGAAUUUCUGGUGGCACGUCUGGGGCAGCGACAGGCGCCACCUCAAAGCCGAAGUCAUUGCAGCCAUCUGGCAGCGCAUCUCGUACGGCCCGUCUUUUGUACCCCUCAAGGGCUCCCCGAAUCGUUAUGAGCCCCCUGUCGACCCUCACAGCGCCAGGCAAUAUCUGCUUGACGAUGGUCUGGACAGAUUGCUGCCACAUGUCCCCGAGCCUCCCAGCAAGCCGUCAGAGCAGCCCACGCUAAGGGAGCUCUCUGCUUCUUCGUCCCGGCCACCUCCCCCUCACCCGAUCCUCAAGAAGCCUAGGGGAAACUCGAAGUCGGGUCCUCGUCCAACCGCUCGCUUCGUGUCACCACCCGAGUCAGAAGGGGAAGAAACCGAGACGAUGCCGAGCCGAAAGGAAGAAAAGAAAGAAGGGGCAGAACAAGAACCAGAGGAAGAGGAGGACGACGACGACGACGAAGAUGAGGACGAGGUCGAGGGCCAGGUCGAGGGCGAGCAUAAUCACGAGGAAGAUGUCAGGGAGCCUAAGCCGAGCGUGAAUCGACAUUCAUCGGGAACCACCGAGGCGAGCGUCAGAGAAGGGCCGCUGCGAUCAUCGUCCUCCACUACCACGAUGCCGAGUUUAUCAGACAAGUCAAUAAAAAAGAGACCAGGUCCCACGAAGAAGUUCGUAGUCUCGACCUCUACGACGAAACGAAGACCCCAUCUCUCUCGGCGACACAGCUCACAAUCCUCGGCUGGAAGUUCCGAGCACGCCUCUAAAGGUGGUUCAUCAGCUGGAUCACGUUUCUCCGGGAGCCAACAAGAGAGUUUGACCUCGAACACGGAGAUAACGUCGGCGCGCACCACCCCGGACUCCCACGCCGACGGUACGCCGCCACUAAGUGCGAAAGCUCUUGGGAAGCGGCCCGAUGUGAGGCCUUCACCGGCGUCCCCAUUGUUGAGAGGCCAAAAGGCAAAUCGACAUGAGAAACAACAGAAAAAGCAGCUGCUACCCCCUCCGCUUGAUGAUCGGCCACAGCGAGAAGACUGCCAGCUGCCAGCACCGCCUUCCGAUAUCUCCCGAGAAAGCCGGACAGAAGUGAACGGAUCCGAGGACAAAAUGAAGACGGGGAGUGACGGCGGGAUCGCGGAACAGAUUUCUACAUCCGCCCCGCGAGGGCAGGCCUCACAUCACAUGGUGGCACCAAAAAUGGAGAGGGCGUCAUCCCACGCAGAGCAUUCAGGACCACGGAAGCCGAACUUGGGGCGCACUACUUCCCAUGGCCUACUAUCGAACGCCACCGCCGCGACAUCCAACGUGGCAGCCACAGGGCAGGUAUCCAAGCUCACAGACGAACCCGACGCUCGUGUUCUCGAAGCCCUGGGCGCAUUCGACGGGGACGCACCGGGGUCACCGCACUUGACCAGAAACACGUCAACAACAUCGCUGUUCAGGCCGACGAUGCCAAGCCCCACCCCUUCCGUCCCGAUGGCCCGGUCCAGGAGUCAGCUCACCUUGCUCCUUGAGCGCGAGAAGGAGCGACUAGGGGACAAGGGGCGACGGAAGGGGUUUAAUCAACUGAACCAACAUCGAUCGAGGCCCUGA